AUGGCUUAUUGUCCGAGCUUCGCUCCCUCAACAGGGAGAUCUAUACGCUCUCUCAUCUCAAUUCCACUUCGGCAAUUCCACCACCAAUCCAUCCUCCCAACAACCCGCCUCGUCCGCUCAGCACCAACACCCUCACAAUCCACCACCCUCCUCCCAAAAAGAAGAACCAGAAGCUACCACUCAACCCACCACCCCCGGCCCCCAUCACACACCUACACAAAUAGCCAAAGCACAAUCCUCACCGCCGCCCUCCCCCACAUCCCCAGUCACGGCUUCUCUCUCAAAUCCCUCACCCUCGGCGCGCGCGACGCGGGCUUCCUCGACGUCUCGGUACAGCUCCUCCCGCGCGGCGAGUUCGACUUGAUUCUCUUCUGGCUCGCUAGUCGGCGCGGCCUGCUGCGCGCUAAGGUUGAGGAGGGGGGCCUGUUGCAGCGCAUUGCGGCUGAGAGGGGGGUGUCUGACUUGGGGGUGGACGAGAGGGUGGAAGCGCUGGUGCUUGAAAGGCUUAGGAUGAAUGUUGAUGUUAAGGGGGUUUGGCAGGAUGCCCUAGCACAGAUGUCCCUCCUCUCGAACAUCCCCCUCUCCCUAAACGAGCUACACGCGCUAUCCUCCGACAUCCUCUCGCUAGCGGGUGACACUUCCGUGGACUCGGCAUGGUACACGCGCCGUCUAGCCGUUGCAGCCGUGUACGCCAGCGCAGACGUGGUGAUGACCCGCGACCCGACCCCGGAUCUGGCAGAGACGACGGCGUUUGUGCACAGGCGGUUUGAAGAUCGUGAUGCCCUGGCCGCGAAGAUGCAGGGCAUUGGGGAGUGUGUUGGCAUUUGGGGGAGUACAGCCGUUGGAGUUGGGAGAAGCUGGGGGUUGAAGAUUUAA